AUGAGCGGCUUCCUCUCUCAACUACGGGCAUUCGACGCCUACACAAAGCCGUUGGAGGAUUUUCGAGUAAAAACAUUAAUUGGAGGAACCGUGACCCUAAUCGCUACGAUAGUCAUUAUCCUAUUGGCAGUAAGCGAAACAGCAUCAUACCUCCGGACCGAAAUCGCCGAACAAUUAUAUGUUGACUCCACAACAUCUGAUCAACGUGUAGAUGUCAAUUUUGAUAUCACUUUCCAUAAGCUUCCUUGUCCUUUUAUCACCAUUGAUGUAAUGGAUGUAAGCAGCGACAACCAAGAUAAUAUUCAAGAUGAUAUCUAUAAAGUACGGGUUGAUCAACAUGGCAAUAAUAUGACCGCUCCAAAUAGGAUUGAAGUUAAUCAGAACAAAACGGGUGGGGUGGUUGAGGUUACGACGACAAAAUGUGGAAGUUGUUAUGGUGCAUUACCGGAUGGAAGUUGUUGUAAUACUUGCGAGGAGGUUAAAGACGCGUAUCAGAUGCGGGGAUGGCAAAUGAAUGUUGAAACUGUUGAACAGUGCAAGAAUGAUCCGUGGGUGAAGCUCAUGACUGAAUACAAAGAUGAAGGCUGCCGUGUCUACGGAAAAGUUCAAGUUGCCAAGGUGGCAGGAAAUUUCCAUAUGGCUCCUGGAGAUCCUCAUCGCACCAUGCGCGCCCAUGUUCAUGAUCUACAUUCCAUGGAUCCUACUCGCUUCGACUGUUCGCACACGAUCCACCAUCUCAGCUUUGGAACCCACUACCCCGGAAAAUCCUACCCACUCGAUGGAAAGCAAUUUGCCACCGGAACUGGUGUGAUGUAUCAAUAUUAUGUGAAGGUCGUCCCUACGCAGUAUGUUAAACUUGAUCAUACUACCGAUGAGAGCCAUCAAUUCUCGGUGACGACACAUCCAAAGAAAUUAGGUCAAGGCGUCUCAGGAUUGCCAGGAGUAUUUGUCCAAUAUGAAUUUAGCCCAUUGAUGGUACAAUAUACAGAAAGGAGACAGGCUCUAUCUGAUUGGCUGGUCUCGUUGUGCGCCAUCGUUGGCGGUGUAUUUACCGUAGCUUCGCUUAUCGAUUCAUUUAUCUAUUCCACCCAACGUGUCAUCGAAAAGAAAAUGCAGAUGAAUAAGCUUGGC